UUUCUCAUUGAGUCAUUCCAUCAUUGUCAUAAUGUCCCUCACCGCAUAGACCGUCGGAGUGACGUAGGGUGACCCGAAUUCCGAGAAACGACCAGUCAGUCAGACAGCCAAGUCAGUCAACUGAUCUCGUUGGUCAGACGAAUUGUUCACCAGAGCAAAAUAAUCUACGAAACCCCGGUUUGAGAAAGAUAUUUGCGAGUUGUUAUAUAUCUUAGGCCGGCCGAUUGAUUGUCGAAAAAACUAUAAGCCGACAACACCCCUUAUCGGUGGAACUCGUUCUUAUCGUGUCGGCGCUUUCUCACCGUCUUUGUGUUUGCGAGUCGGAUUAUACGAGGUGAACUGGAAACAGAAGCAGAAUGACCGGCUCGUAUGGCCAGGCAGACUCAUCUAUUGACAAGCGAGAUUUCGAUACCAAUCGGCCGCUCCUUCAGGAUGCAGAUCUUGGCGUGGAGGGAGAAGAUGGGGCACCGCGCCCCGGACUCGACCAGAGGAUCUCUGGGGAAAGUAGUGACGGUCUCUUGAGUAAUGUGGUGGAAGAGAUUGUUGAGAGAGACCGAAAGAAGAUGGCCAAGGAAGUGGUGCGAGUGUGCAGUUUUAUCUGGGGCGUGAUUAGCUGCUUGGGUGCUGGAAGUAUCACUGCCUUUUCACUCUACGGACCCCUGUUUCUCACCCGUCUUCAUUAUACUCAGCUCCGGGUCAAUGCCGUUUCCAUUGCAGCUGAGAUCUCUAUGUAUCUCCCUGUGCCAUUGUUUGGAUAUCUGUGCGAUCGUUACUCGCCAUCUCCUCUGGCUUUACUCUCCGGAAUUCUUUUUGGAGGAGGCUAUCUUCUGGCUGCAUUUACCUACAAGAGUGGACCACCUCCCGACGCUGGUGGAUCGGGAUGGUCUUUCGGGGUAAUGAUCGUGGCAUUUAUUUUGAUUGGAACAGCAACCAGCUGUCUGUAUUUGGCUGCAGUAGCGACCUGCGCAAAGAACUUCGGUAGGGGCAAGCACAAGGGUAUUAUGCUUGCCAUACCUAUUGCAGGAUUUGGACUCAGUGGUAUGUGGCAGAGUCAGGUGGGGACAUACUUCCUUUUCGAACGCUUGGAAGAUGGCAGUCGAGGAGACCUUGACGUGUUCCGCUACUUCUUAUUCCUAGCUUUGCUGCUUAUAAGCAUUGGCUUUAUUGGGGUAUUUGGACUCAGGAUUGUGGACGAGGAAGAGGAAAAGUAUAUUGAUGAGGCAGUAGAAGAGCUUGAGCGCAGCGGUUUGCUUGAGCAGAGCGAAUUCUUCCGGUCAAGAAGCGAAGUCAGAGCUGCGUAUGGUACAUUUUCUGACCAGACUGAUGGAGCGGUGGAUGGCGAUGAGCAAACACGAACCUUGUCUGAAGAGGAGCGUGAUAAAAGACGACGCGAGAAGGAAAGAGAAGAGGAGGAGAAUAGAAAGAAAAACUGGCUGCUGAACUACGAAACAAGACUGUUUCUCAAAGAUCAGACUAUGUGGUGGCUCGCACUGGGCUUCUUCCUGGUUACCGGCCCGGGAGAAGCGUAUAUCAACAAUCUGGGUACUAUCAUCCAAACAUUAACACCAAAGUCGUAUCCACCCAAUGCUCCAGCACCGGCUGGUCUAUCGUCCACCCAUGUCACUACGGUUGCACUUACCUCGACCAUCGCCCGUCUUCUCACGGGAUCACUUUCCGACUUUUUUGCACCCCGAGCAAACCAUCUUUUCCCAGGUAGCCUGGAACACGGCCGCUCCUCGUCACCUUCCGCUCAAGAAAACCGUACCACACUCUCCCGUAUGAUGUUCCUCCUACCUUCCGCACUUCUUCUUGCCCUUGGAUACCUUCUCCUUUCAUCGCCCCUGCCACUCCGCCACCCCGAGCUGUCACACAUUUCCACAGCCUUAAUCGGAUUUGGCUAUGGAAGCUCCUUCUCCCUCGUCCCGAUCAUCAUAUCUGUUGUUUGGGGAGUGGAGAACUUCGCUACAAACUGGGGGAUCGUCGCUAUGGUUCCUGCCGGUGGCGCCGCCGUCUGGGGGCUCAUUUACUCCCGCGGCUACCAGAUCGCCACUGAUAACGGUAAUGGUGCUGCUGAUGGACAAUGCCAUGGCUGGAAGUGUUAUGGCUUCUGGGCUGUGGGAUGCACGGCCAGCGUGUUUGUCGCUAUCGUGGCAUGGAUAAUCGCUUGGCGAUCGUGGAGAAAGAGAGGUGUUGUUGUCUAAGCCUUCUUUCAAUUGAAUAACCAGGACAUAAGACUUUUACUUGGAUAUCUAUUCUGCACAUAUUGCUAUAUAGACGUGGAGCGUUUCGGGCAUAUCGUGGUUUUGAAUGACAUAUUCAUAACAGGACAACUGCGCGAUUAGAUGUCAUGGUGAUUUGACUAUCUGUAUAAAAUUUCCACCUCAGUUGUGAUGCAUCAGAAUGAUUAUAUUUUUUGGAAUAGCACUGCAUGAUUUUGAAAAGAAUAUUGGCCUAGAUCAGCAGUAUAAUGAAAUGAUCAGACUUGAGCCA